AUGGCACAAGCAUUCCCAUACACAUACUAUGCCUGCGACUGCUUCGACAGCAACAGCGUAGCAGGCACAAAACUCACCUCGCACGUCCUCGCUGCAACCGACGACGAAGAAGAGACGCUCGACCCACGAAACCCACGCUCCAACUACGCCCUCUACCCGCUCGAGCACCUCCUCUACUGUGAAGACUGCCUGCAAAUCCGCUGCCCACGAUGCGUAAUCGAAGAAACGCUGAACUGGUACUGUCCCAACUGCCUCUUCGAAGUCCCCAGCUCGGUCGUCAAAAGCGACGGCAACAGAUGCACGCGCAACUGCUUCAACUGCCCCGUCUGCAUAUCGCCCAUGAUUGUCAAUCUGCUCGAGAACCCGGACGUCGACCACAGCACAACAGACCGCCACAUCCUCGCGUGUCCGUACUGCCAUUGGAGCACGGUGGAGACAGGCAUCGAGUUUGAGAAGCAUACGGGCGUGUAUUCGCAGAUUUCACGCAUAGCGAAUGGAGGGAAGCCGAUACCAUCGAUCAAGGAGCGAGAUAAAGAGCGAGAGAGACGCAAGGAGCUGGAGGCUCAGCGUAGAGAUUCAAGAAACCCGCAGGCUUCGUCUCGUGGCUCGGCCAUUGUGUAUGCGGGGGGUUACGAGCCGCCCUCGCGCGACGACCUGUUUGCGAAUCUCGCUGCGUUCUACAAGGCGGAAUUGGACGCCCAGACGCCAUCAAAUCCGCUGGAGAUGAACUUUUCCUCGCCAACGGCGUAUUCUCGCAUUAUGAACUUGUACUCGACGUCGACGAAGAAGUCAAAGCGCAGCAAGCCCACGUCCAUGAGAGACGCAGCGUCUGAGUUGGAAGGUCUGGUAAUACACGAUCCCGCUGCUGAAAACGCAGCAAUCGAGCGUAUCAAGCGGGGCGGCUGGAGUGCUACAUUAUCUCCCACCCAAAAGCUCGCCCAGCCCGACCCCUACGUACAGUUUGACGACCAGCUCCGACCCAUCCCAACACUACUCUGCACAAAACGCUCCAAGCGCUGUCGGUCCUGUCGCCACAUCCUCGCAAAACCCGAAUCAAAAAUCACAUCCACACGCUACAAAAUCAAAUUACUAGCUCUGAACCACAUCCCCCGCCUCAGCGUCCGCGCCUUACCACCCUCUUCCAACCCACCUGUCCCCGUCCCCGCCUUCCCAGGCUCCGUCCCAGCACCAGCACCCCAAUCCGCCCAACCUCAGCCCCAACCCCCCUUCAACUACAACGCCCUCCGCCCGGGCAUCCCCGCACACUUCCUGCUCCACCUUAGCAACCCCCUCUUCGACCCCAUCCGCGUCACCCUUGCCACCAGCAGCACCACCCCCGGCAGAGUCUCGUCGCGCGUAACUAUCCUCUGCCCCGAAUUCGAAGUCGGCGCCAACACCGACGUCUGGGACGACGCCCUCUCAUCCUCCCCCGCCCCCAUGCCGCGCCGCUCCACAAUCAAUGCCGAAACAGGCCAGAUUGAAGCCGGCAAGAUUUGGGAUAAAGGAAGAAACUGGACGAGUGUCGCGAUUGAGGUCAUACCGGGGUUCCUGGAUGAGGUUAAUGGCGAAGAAGAGGAGUUAGAGCCCGAUGAUGAUUUACUGGAGAUUCCCAUCUUUGUGCGCUUGGAGUUCGAAGUGGAUGUUAAUGCCGAGGAGAGGGGGUUGGGAGAUUCGAGGGGGAGUAAGGGGGAGAGGGAGAAGAGGGAGGAGGCGUUUUGGACGGUGGUGGGGGUGGGCAGGAUUGCUAAUGCGUAA